AUGCCCGACCUCAACGCGAUCGAAAGAUCCCCUCGAGGUGUCCCCAACCCGCAGGCUCCAAGGACUAGUUCUGCCGCACCACAACCCCCUUCUGUGCCCGCCUCGAGGAGAACUUCGACACAAAUGCUGCCUCCGCCGUUGCCUCAAAAUAACAGCCUCCCGAGUUCACCCAGGCCGCCACAGGCGGCUAUGCUGGACAACACAGGAGUGGGUUUGGGCCCAGGGCCUAUUCGACAUCCAAGACCUCUCACGGCGGCUGAAUUACACUUGGAACUUGAAAAAGAGCAAGAGAGCAUUGUCAAUCGACUGACGCGAGAACUCUCUGCUCUACGAGCCCAAACUGCCUCUGUUGCCUCAACCACCUCCUCCACUUCCGAGCACUUGUUCUCCAGCGACCCAUACAACCCAACUACAACAGGAACCACCAUCAUCCCCACCAACACCCGCCGCCAUCGUUCCUCCUCGAACCUUUCCGCUCGUUCAGCCCGUUCAAUCCGUGAAAGUCUCAGUAAUGCCGCCAACACCAGCGUCUCGGGCGUGGCCGCUCCACGAGAUCAGAGUGUUCAAGCCAGUGCACGACCCAGCAUGGAAAUGAGCAGACCAGAUAUGAGUCGCCAGAAUUCGACCUCUGCAUCGGGAUUUCGGUCGAGUUCGAUGACUUCUUCCCCCCACUUGACCCAAGGAGGGUACGCAUACCCGCACCGCAGCUCCGUGUCGUCGUCAGUGGACGCCGCGUCUGUCUCCACUCAUGCCGCAAUGACACGCUCUCCGAGCUCCAACGCAGCUCUUGCGCAAGCGAGGUAUGAAGAGGCGGCGUCGCAGCGUGCGGAACUCGAGGCCGUGAAGCGGGAGAACGAGACAUUGAGGGCAAGGGUCAAGGAGUUGGAAAAGAGUUUACAGAGGGCCAACGAGCGGGCGCAAACGACGAAUACAGUAUGA